ACUCACUCAGGACCAGCUUAACGAACCUCUGGGUUCUGAAGAAACUAUUGAGGACUCCUAGAUUUAUGAUACCAACCCAAACUGUCGUGAAUAAGGAACAGCACGGAUGAUGCGUGUUGCCCUUCAGCUAUUCAAUGACAGAAGAGACGCGCAGAAGAAGAGAUGGGCAUCGUUGCUGGACUUUCACCUACCCGGCUAUGGGGAAAAUGUAGUCGGUACUCCAUGUGGGCUGUACCUGUAGUGGCGGUCGUGGUCCAGCUUUGCACUGCUUUUAACUUGGACACGGUGUCACGCGUGGUUUUCACCGGACCACCGGGAAGUUAUUUUGGAUACUCAGUGGAGUUCUUCGGUAACUCAUCCAGGUAAGAGCCUGUACGCAUCACCACAAAGCUUGGAAAUGUGAGAAUUCAGCCAAAGAGAGUCUGAAGCAGUUCAAAAUGAGAAUGCAACCACAGAAAGGGAAUGAUCUAAGUGAAGAUGGCUUCAUUUACCCCCCAAAGAAGCUUGUAUUAAAAUUAAAUGAUUAUUAAUUACAUCCCUCUAAUCAAACCUUUACUUCGUCUAGUUAUACUUAACUAUUCAUUGAAUACAAAGUUGAGAUUGGUGUCGUUAUGUAGAAAAAGCUUUAUUUUCUGCCAAAGUUGUCUUUAUAAAAAAAAACCAUUUGAGUCAAAGUGAUAUUGCCAUGUUAGUAUGUAUGAUCUUGGGCCUUAAGUUAGACUUAUUUUCUGCUUUAUAACACCACAUGUCCAAGUGUUUCAGUACAAGCUUACAUCUCCUUCUCCCUCUCAUUUCUUUCUCCCUCUCUCACACUUAACCACACACACACACACACACACACACACACACACACACACACACACACACACACACACACACACACACACACACACACACUGGAUUCCAGCCCACAUAUGAUUAGAAACAGACACACCAGUUUGCAUGUGAGUGAUUCAGAGAGGAGGGGGUUAACCUACAGCAAAGUAAGAGCAAUGCUAAUCUUCUGAAUAUUGAAUGGGGGGACAGUAGGACUUUCCUGCUGGUUUCUACGUUGACAGAUGAGGAUCUACAGAGUCAGACAGAGUCAAAGAUCAAAUAUUCUUCUCCAAAAGUUUUCAGAGGAAGCUGUACUUUCACCUGUUUGGACUCUCUGGGAAAACUCUCGGGGCUCAAGUGUUAAAAAUCACCAAGUAUCCUGGACAUGAACAAGCGUUUUUGUUUUUACAAACUGAUAUAUUUGUGAUGCCCAGAUUGGCUACAAGUUGACUGUUGAUGCUGUCAGAAGUUAACCAUGCUGAGUCACAGAGCUUGGCUUUUGAUUUUGGGUGAAAAUAAACCCUGUGAUCUUUGUCUUCAAAGUUUUCAAAAACACCUCGCUGGGUUGUGUCUCUUUUUUAAUCACCUCAACAGAACAGGUAGCUAACAACGCAACUCUUGGCCCCAACUGCAUCACCAUUGAAAUAUGUAAUCAUCAGCAAUACACUGGUACCAGUUCUACUGAUGGACCUUGUUUUAAUCACAAUGCCCAAAAUGACUGAAAAAGCAAGGACUCACACUCUAAAACACAACUGACAUGUCUAGAACAAUUAUGAAUAGACUUCAAGUUAAGACCAGGCUUAUACAGUUCUCAGCAUAAUUGAGUACACACCUUUAAAGUUGUCAGAAAACCUUUAGUGUCCUUUCAAAAUCAACAUUUUUGAUGUCAGACAAAAUACUCCCCCAAAUGUAGGCCAUUGAUUGCAAAGAUUUUUUAAGUUGUAUACAAAAAAGUUUUUUUUUAGUUUAAAAUCAGGAUGCAAAAACAAGUACACCCCAACCAAAGUUCUGGGAGCAAAGCUAAAUUUUAGUUAUCAUAUCAACCUUACUUUCAUCUUAUGGUAAAUCAAAUAUUAUGUUAAACUCAGCUUUGUCAAAACUUUGGAAAUUGUACUUUUGCUCAUCUAGAUAUUUAUUACUUGUAAUAGGGGGUGUACUAAUGUAUGCUGGGCACUGUAAAUCUAAACUAGUCUGCCUUCACUGUAUGCAAGUUAGACUACAUUAAAUCUCUCUCAAUUGAGGUCUGGGAAAAUUUCAAAGUGAGAAACUAUUGCAGAAACAUGACUGUGCUGAUAGGAGAUUGCUCAAGUCUCUUCAAAAUCAUAAACACAGAUAUUUGCUCUUGACAAAAGUAGUUAAAAGAAGUACCACCAUGACAAAAUUAGUUGAGCUUAGAUAGCAAAUAUACAACUCUCAAAAAAACUUGGGGACAAAUGCUAAUUUCAUACAAUGAUAUGUCCUAUUUUUUUUAUAAGUCAUUGGACAAAGAACAGAGAUCUGAUUGUUCACUUCUGUUGAGACAGCCAUGUACAUAUUUAAGCUGCUCUGUCCAAACCAGUCCAGCAGCCAGCUGUUCACAGCUGCUGCUUCUCCAAAGCGGAGGACUCUGCAGGAUGUGUUACAUCACUGUGAAUCGCUCUAUGGAUGAUGACAGCAAUCCAGGGCAUAUCAGCUGUUUUAUCUGCUUUAUGAUGACCUGCUGAAAGCUAAAAGUAUUCAGCACACGAAGCUGCUCAGAUCUUCACCGCAUAAAUCCCAGAUACACCUUAUCAGCUCUGUGCGUCUCAGUUUCCACUCACCUACAUCCUUCAGGGCUUAUGAAGUGAAAGUAGUGUUGGUUUACUGGAUGUAGAUAUGUCCCCGUGAGGAAAUUGGUUAAGAGUUUAGAGGAUUGCUUAGCUAAACUCGUGGCAGUUAAGGAGGGAUGUUGUUGAGCAAUCACCAAGAUGUUGACUUAGAUCAGACUAAGACUGUGUUGCCAGAAAUCAUUUUGAACACACUGACUAGAACCACAUUCUGUUGUUGACUAGACUAAACGUGCCUGACAACUCUCAAAACUGUUGAACAUCUAUGUGUGGCAGCAGUACUUGUUUUGUGCUGGCUAAGCAGCACAGCAAGAAAAGAUGCUUCCCAGAAUUUCUGAGAUGUUUUCUUUCUGCUGAGGGGUUUGUUUCAGCUGGUCGUUACGCAGAAUGACAAUUACUCGCCUGUUUGGCUGUAGGGAGCCUAAUUAAGUUGUUCCUGUGACUCACCAUUCCCAUCCCUGUCUUCACUUUCUCCACACACAUGUUGUUGCCCGGAACCAGCUUCACGAUGACCCUUUAUCACACCUUUCUGUAUGUAGUUAUCAGUUUUCCACACAGAGGCUUAAAUAUUAAGAUAAAAGGGUGACAAAUCCCUUUUUCUAAUUCAUAAUCUGUUGCUCUAAAAGUAGAUGCUCUGAGAAACCUAUUUUCUAAGAUCAUCCAAGAGCCCAUGUCUAAAUAAUAUCCACUGAAAAGAGUUUCAAAGUUAAUCUCACAUUAAAUUUAAACGCUUGUCAUCCUAAGCAUGUGCUUGAAUUUGAAGACUACUGUGUCUGAACAUACCAUUUAGACAAACAAACCCAUCACCUUUUCAUCUCCCCAACUCAGCAGCAGUGAGGUGGCUGUCUAACAUGAGUCUGGUCCUUCCCAAGGUUUCUGCUUGUGAAAAGAAAGUUUUUCCUUGCCACUGUCAUUCAUGUCAGAUGAGAUGGGUCAAAUCUGUCCCAUCUUAAGGUUGGGUCUUGGUAAUUCUUCAAACAAUGAGCGUGGUCUCGACCUGCUCUUUUUUGUUUGGAAAGUGUCUUGGGAUAACAGCUGUUGUGAAUUGGCGCAAUAUAAAUAAAAUUUGAUUUGAUUGACCUUUUAAAAGGGAUGAAAAUUGUGGAUUUAUCUGACUUUGUUUCACUCCUGUCCUUUUCCUUGUGGCGCUAGAAAUGUCUCAUUCUGAUUCAGACCAGACAGGGCUGUCACAUAAUAACCUCAUUAUUAUUGUGGCCAUAAAAAUGAUGACAUUAUCAUAAUAUUUACACAACACAAUCGGUCAAACCUAGAAAAGGUAAGUCAGGGGUGGAGCAACACAUGACUCAUUAACUUUGCUAGUUUAUGAUAGCAUGGUUAAAAUUUAACAGUUUAAUAGAGUACAGCUUUUUUAAAACUGCACAUACAUGCAUGUAAAUUUAUAGGACUGUAGAACGGAUGUGGGACGUAGUCCUGUACUCAGUGAACUUGUACUCACCAAUCUGUUUGGGAGCGCCACAUGAGGGGAUGUCGUUAGCCAGCCAAUCACAGCUCAUACUACGCCAAGGGUUUAUGUCAUCCAUGUGCUGAGUCUUGAUAUGAGAGAUUAGUUUGAGUCUGUAAUAUGGCUUAACUUCUGCAGCCUUUAUUUGGCCUCCUUUGUUGUGGGCUAAGUGCUCUGAUUUGAUCUGAACUGGUGAUCAUAUUUAUUCUUUUGGUCACUGAGUUUAAGAAAACAUGUCAUAGUUGACACAAAAAAGAAAGAGUUCACACAAAUUAAAUAUUGUGUCAGAUGAUUUUGGGCCACCCAGAUAUUCAGUUUAAUGAGUAUAUUUACACACUAACCAAACAGAGCAGAUAUUUGGGGAUCUGGCUCGUAUAACCAUCAUAUCCUGUUUAUUAUAAGUACUCGGAUAAAAUCUUAAGAAACCUGAACAGGGUUAACGAAGGACAGAGGCUCUGCUAGUUUCCAGGGAAAUAGAGGGAGGCCAUUUCUAAAACUUGGAUGAAUGAAUGGAUGAACUUAUCAUUAGAGUUCAGUGGCCCCCAACCUUUCUGGAUUAUUAUGGUAUACACUUGAAGCAGAUCAACCAAGGACAUUGGCCUGUCUGAAAUUGUGUUAUUAGAGCUGUGAGGGGCUACAGCUUUUAGAUAUUUUAUUAAAAUUUAUCUUCCUCUCAAAAUGAUGUUUCAAAGCAGCAUUUUGUGUUAAAAAGGUUUUGGCCAGGAUGUGACGCAUGUAUGAACACUUAAACUUAGUUAUAGACAUCAUUGGGAUAUUACUUGUUUCAGAACAAUGUGGCUAUGUAAUCGAGGCACUCACUGAAGCUCAUAAAUCCUGUUUUAAAAUUAUAUAUUGCAUCUCUGACUGGCUCUGCCUUUGAGCCAUUUUGUUGUUUGCAGAUGUUCAUGUUGAAUGUGACUUAAGAGAAAGGAAUCCUUGUUCAGGUCUCAACAGAAGCAUCCAUCAACCCAUAUAAACAAGACUUGCAAUGAGACUAUUGUUUAAAUCAUGAUAUUGCUAUAAACUUUAUUUAUGCAGCACUUUUCCUGCCGAGGUUACAAAGUGCUUCACAUAAAAUGCUGAAAGAUAAAAGGAAAGCAGGUAAAAACACCACAGGAAAAAAGACAGGAAAUAUAGGAGUCAAAAGACAAACAAGGAAGAAGAUAAAUCAAAAAGCCUUCCUGUAAACAAAAAAGAAGAGAGGAUUUACUGUCAUACAGAAAUUUAACCUAAAGCUCAACUGCCUGAAAGCUUUGAGCCAGUGGCCCAGUUACCUCUGGUUACAAAUCAGGGUUCAGGUGCAACCAGCAGAGCUAAACCCACGAAUUUCAGGAAAUACCUUUUUCUCCACAGCCAGUUGCAGACAGAGAAAUAAUGUGCUGGGAUUAUCAUGUGCAAGUUGAAAUCCUGCAGGGGUGUGCUGAUCCAAGUGGAGUACGUUGUAGGGAGCUCUGACUGAUAAUGCCACUGUUAUGUUUUCUUUAUGCUUUGAAGAUCCUGAAAAGUCAGUGUCACAGUCCAAAUGCGCAGACACAACAGGGGAUGGUGGUGGGUUUAAUGUCAUGCAGCUUUGAGAGAGAGAGAGGGUCAUUUAAAGCUUCCCCCCUCUGCAGAGUGGCUGUGGAGUGAGUGGUUUUAAAGGGAAGCUCAUCCAGCCAUGUAAAUAUUCCUCGUGUGCUUCCCUCGUGGGAGGGAGAGCAGAGUCAGUCUGAUCUCUGCUAAUGUCAUCAGUCACCGAAGUCUUAAGUUGUCCCAUUUGCUCACAGCUUGGCCUUUUCUGGCAGGGCUGUCUGAAUACCUUGUGGCUCAUUUGUAAUACAAAUCACAGACAAAAACACUUUGCAAGUGUUUAUUUUCAUGCCGGUGUGCAUGCACGAUAUUCACAUAAACACCCAUGUGAAUGUGCAGAGUACAGAUGUGAGAUAUGGGUAGCAAUAUGUGUUGUCGUGUGUGCUUUACUUCUAUUAUCAUACCAUUCAUUCAGCUCCAGACUUUAAUCUGGAAAAAAUAUCUAAAAGUCUCCUUGAUAGAAGUAUACAAACAGAUUAAUGCUUUCCUCUGAAGCCUGUUGGGGAUGAUGUGCUAGUCCUGCCAUAAAAGCUUGCGUACACAAGAUUGCCGGUGAGGCGAUAGCAAAUGAUAGCAUUGUCACUCAGCCUUCUCUGUCAACCUUUCCUUAUAGCGGACAUAAUUAACCCUUUACUAAUCCUCCAUAGAUGACACAUUUCUUUAAGCUUAUUCAAGGAGCUUCUCUCGCUACAAUUUCAUCAAAUGUGCAGUGUUUGGAAUUUAGUAGUAUAAAGCAGAGCAGACCUGGUAUUGAAUAUUAAACAAUACAUACUGAACAGAGGAGCAUGCAUAUAUAGAGUCUUUAUGUCACCAUACAUUCCCAUUUCCACUUACUGUACCCUGGGUGCAGGAUUGCAAUGCUGACUCAGGCUAUUAGCUACAUGUUUGACCUGUUAAACAUUGUCCAGUUGUUUUUCAUGUAGAGUAAUCAUGUUAGGGGUGUCCCAAUACAACUUUUUUACUUUCGAUAUGAUACUGAUAUUUUAUCCUUCAGUAUUGUCCGAUACCGAUAUUGAUCUGAUAUUGGCACAAAAUUGUGCAUGGCAUGUUUUUCACUCAGCUGCAAUUUCUUUUUCAGAAUUUAACAAAAAAUACUGCCACACAGCCAACAUCACUCCUACCCCUUGCUAAUUUGUUAGUACCUUAGUACACACUGUUGUUGGGAUCACGUGGGCUCUGCACGCUGGAUCCAAGUGCUGCUAGCAAGAGGUGCCAGAGUGGAGUCUGGAAUAGACUGCUUGUAUCGGAGUGCUGAUAUCAGAGCUUUUAGAUGCAGGAUGAUACAAUCCGAUAUUUGUUCUUUGGCUGAUAUAGGAUCGAUAUCAAUAUCGUAUUGGGACAGCCCUAAAUCAUGUAUGAAGAUGAAAAUCCCACAACAGGACUCUGCAGACAUAAACUUGUCAUAAGAAAGCCCAAACUCUCUGUAAUGAUUUCCCUUCCCAUUGAUGGGACAGUAGGAGUUUGAAGUUGGUCUUGCCAAGGCAUGCUUUCACACGCAGACUGCUGGGGCUUUCUGGACUUGCUGUCCAACCUCUACCUAAGCCCCUCUGUUCAAAAGAGGAUUUCGAACGCCACAUUUUUUUGUAAAGAAUUUGCCUUUGAGCCCCUCUGUACCCCUCAUAUUAGUCCAGAUUCAUAUUUACGUAUUAUAUUUAAAAAUUACAUGCAAUGAUUUUGGAUCAAAGACUUGUCUUGUUGUGUCAUUUUUCUGGUCUCAUCACAUUUUCAUAUCUGCCUUUUUUUCUGCUUUCCAGUACUCGUAUUCUGAUUGGCGCUCCGAAAGCUAACACCAGCCAACCCAACAUCACUGAGGGGGGAGCUGUGUACCUGUGCCCAUGGAGCCAAGCCAACUGCAGCAUUAUCAACUUUGACAAGCAAGGUUGGGUGUCUUGUUAAAAUCCAAAUCUACGGUCAGCCUCUUUGUACCCAGUAACAGAUUAAAACAGAGUCUGUAGACAAUGAAGCUCACUCUUCAAAAUCCAGGGGAGAGGAUUUUACCUGCACCAUAAUCUCAGCGGUAGUGAGUAACUCACAUUAUUAUGGGACAUUAAAAUGUCACUUUCCCCAACAGUACUGUUAAACAGUUGAGACAUGGGUGUGCAGUAAAUUCUCAGCAGUCUCUAAUCAGCCAUAAAAGUGGCUGAGAGGAGCUGUAGGGAGCAUCCCAAGUUAAGCACCGCAGUGCUUGACCCCGGAGGUCAGAAGUGCUGCUCCCUGCCAUCUCAUAGCUCCUUAUCCUGAAGUUCUCUCCCCUGAUUGAAACCAGCCUUUGAUGUCUCUCCUGUGUUUUAAUGGUGGCUUAGGCUGGACUACAAGCCACCCCCUUGGUGGGGUCUUCAUUUUGGUACAUGCUCUGUGUUUGCAGUGUGUUCACAGAGCUUUGAUUUCCUGCUGGACUCAGGCCCAGUGUCGAGAACCCUCUUUAAUUAGGGACAGAGUCAUUACGAGAAAUAAGGACCCUAGAGGACCGGGCUGCCCCUAGUUCUGCCAGAAAAAAAGGACCUCUAUCAGAGAUGCAGGAAGCGAUAAGGACCACAGAACAAAGAUCACAGGGGCUUACUUAUCUUGGAGUCUCACAUGCUGAUAUCAAAUGUUAGCUUAGAUUGAGAGCUGUGACUGUGCAAACCCUGCAAACAUAAAUACACAUUUACAAACUGUUUACAAACUGUCCCGUUUGUCAGCCUAUGAAACGUGAUACAUGCAAAGAAACACACACACACGCACACACACACAAAUGCUUUUACACUCAGUCAUCUUGCAGUUCCCAUUAUAGGCCUCAGGAUUCAUGGUGUGUUUGAGGACACAGCCCAGACUGCACUAACCAAACAUGCAGCCAGGGAGGUUUAAUGUCACCACUCUGCUACGGACAGCCGGCACAUAUAUCAGGAAAUAAACCACAGCAAAGCUUAUUAAGUUACAGGCACAUAAAAGUUACAUUUGAUUUUUUUGAUGCUUAAGAAUGGGACCCAGCUGAGUUUCUUUUUUGCAACUACCUGGCAAAGUUUUUCUAAAUUACAUGCCAAAUGGUUAAAACAGAAAUAAAUAAAUAAAUAAUGAAUUGCUGCAUACAAAUGAAUAAAAAUUUGACUGCAAAUUCCAUCAUUUCCUUUACUUUUAGUGCCUGGAUGUUUCUUAGGUCGGCAACUCGCCAUAACAGUUCUCCAAAGCUGGCUGAAAGGUCAGGUUCCCUGCUCCAGGAACAGCUUUGCAAGUGGAACUAUUACUCAUGUAUUCCCUCAUAAGUUACUAAAACAACUUUUGACUAAAGGGGAAAAAAAUCAUUGAAGAGAAAUAGUUACAUACGCAUACCUCUCACAAUCUACCAGCCCCUCCCUCGUCAUUGUUCCUCCUGCACUUUCGUACUGCUAGGCCUCUUCUUAAAACAGAACUUGAGGCCCAAUGAGCUACAGCCGUGUGGGUUACAGUCACAACACGGUCCAAGUCCCUUUGAGCUGUUUGAUGUCUGCCAUAGCAUGGAGGAUGGAUUAAGACCGCAGACCCUGAGGAACAGGUCAUAAAAUAUCCAUGUAAAACGUCAGGAACAUAUGUAGAGCGCUCUCGAAUGAAGCCCUGACUGCAAACAUAUCAAACAGUGGUGACAGUGGGAUCUAUGACUCAGUUAGAGAAGCAGUAAAACUAGUAAUCCUUCAAAUAAAGACACAGAGCUACUUCAAAUGAGCUGCUAAAGUCUUUUUUUUAAUGCGCUUUGUGUGUUUUUUUUUUCCUCUUUAUUCUCACAGGUGAUCGGUACUCUUAUAUAAAUGAUGUGAACACUCAGGUGGAGUUCAAGUCCCAUCAGUGGUUUGGAGCGACUGUCCGCUCCCAUGGCAACAGUGUCCUGGUAAGGAUGGGUCAGCAGUUGUUUGGGUUCAGCGCUUGACUGGGGUGUGUGUUGUGUGGCCGGCAUCAGUAAAUCAUUCGUAUUACUUCCUAAAUGUGUGUCCUGUCUCUGCCCUCAGUGAAACCAAGCACAGAUUCAUGUCCUAUUCUUUAUUCUCUACUCAGACUUUCUUUGUUUAUCCGACACUGUCAAGACUUGAGAGUGUGUGUUAGAGAGCAGCUGAGGUUGACCUACGCGUAUUAUAGAAACUGACUCUUAUGUAACAUAUCAAACCAAAACCUGGUUAAUUAUUGUGCUAGAAAAAGUUUUUCAUCACAUGGCAUUUGGGGCUCUGUGAGGGAUUACUUGGGUUACUCUUGGGACCAGCUUUUCAUGCCAAGACAGACACUAAUUUGAGUUAUUUAAGCCAGGUUCUGAAGUUUGUUGUAAUUUUUUUCAUCACUUUUUUCAAAAUGCUUCACAUAAUUAAAAAGAAACCCAAUAAAUUUGUUAAAUAUUCUUGCAAAGUAGUGAAAAAUGGUGUCUGAGAUUGUUGGGGGUCUGGAUGGCUUACUACAGCUACAGCUGAGCAGGGUGGCACAGGCCGUUUUUUUAAUGGGCCUACUGCAUACUCCUGCCGAAUGUAGUUUGCAGUACAUACUGCAUACGGGGUACUGUGUUCAAUAGUAGUAUGCAGUAUGACUGCAAAUCGGCUGUUAUUAUGUAGUAUACUUGGUCUGGUUUAGCUGGUGUCUGGUAUGGAAAAGUACAUUGUACCCUGGUAAUUUGCAACGACAUGACAGUGUUUUCCACUCAUUUACACACUGAAAAAAAUCUUUUUUGUGUUAUAAUUUGAUUUUUUCAGGACUUUUUAGCCCAAUACCAGCCAUCAAAAUGUGUUCUGUCUAUGCAAUGACUCGUUGAUCUGCCAUUUGAUUCUCAUUAAAUACAGCAGUUAUUUUAUAUCAGUCAUGUUUUCCUCGUUUCCUGCUUAAAUGAAAGAAGUUGCAUCUCUGCUAAACCUGUUAACUGAUGCCGUCUGCAUGGAGUGGUCUUAUUUACCUUUGUCCCAAUAGUUUGACAACUACAGUAAAAACCCUCCAAUACAAACUCCACUCCUGUCAAUUUAAUUCAAAUACUGUCUUGGCUGCUGAUUGAGUUCUGGCCGUUACAAGCCGCAGCGGCAAGACAACAACAACAGUUACCUCAUUACAACAUAUUUCUUAACAAUUUAAGGUCAAAAGAUAAAAAUGAUAAGUUAUAGCCUCCGCCGCUCGGAUGAAAGUUUCGCCGCUCUCUGCUAUUCUACCGUGUGCCAAGGCGCUUUGCAUUAGGGGUAACAGUAGGCAAUAUAUUCAGGUAUUUUUGGCAUCCUGCAACUUUCGCAAUUUGUUUGCAUACUACAUUUCGGAUGAAUAAGUAUGUCCUGCUAGUAUAGUAUGCGAAUUGAAAAAAUGGCCAUGGAGAAGUUGUUUAUCUUUUCAAAAUCCACCAUCAUCUUUUUGACCAAGUUUCCUUCCAUUGCUUCAAACAAUGGUUGCACAGCUGAUGUUAGAGUUAGUUCAUAAAGACAGUAGAAAAGCAUUUGAUGUCUCUAUUUUUCAGGCUUGUGCUCCUAGUUAUUAUUGGAGGACCGAACAUGAAACACCCUUUGCUGAUGUGACCGGAACCUGCUACCUCUCUGUUGACAGCCUUAAAACUUUUGUUGAAUAUGCCCCUUGUCGAACAGGUGAGUUGCUGCAACAAUGGCAAACUUCAAGAGGGUGCAAAGUCAAACUUAGUCAAAGAGGGUUUUGAGGUAAACCUUUUUCUGAUGUGUUUUUCCUAGAAAGUCAGAGCAAAUGGGUCUGAGACAGCUGCCAGGAAAAGUCAAAGCUCCAUUGUAUGUGGAUAUUUUUGUUGGUUAUGAGGAGUGAAUUACACAAAGCUGCUGAAACUGACUGUAGAGUAAAAAAUAGCUGCCUCAGCUCAGCAGCUGUACUUACCUUAGGCUUCAUUCUUCAGCCAUUUUCAAAGUUUUAAAUCUGGACUUUGUUUUUUGUUUGAUAAACACAUGAAAUGUGACAGGAGUUAUUUUAGUGUUAGUGAAACAGAUCAUUUAUUAGUGUUUCCCCUGUUCAUUGCAGAACGACAUGGACCUGCUGGACAGGGCUAUUGUCAGGGGGGAUUUAGUGCGGACUUCACAAAGGUAAAAGAAACAUCAGUAAGAGUUUUCCACAUAAUCACAAAGUCACUGCCUCUGUGUUUGGGCUGAUGUAAGCAGUGGGAAUCUCGCUGUGUACAUCAGAUUUACAGAGUUUGUUUGAAACUCACGAUGACACACAGACGCUUCAGUUCUGGCUUCUGUGUUACAGGAUGGGAGAGUUGUGCUUGGAGGACCAGGCAGCUUUUACUGGCAAGGUGAGCUCUUAGGAAUGUGAAACAGUUUGCUUUCACAGACUUUUCCUUUCAACAAGUGAGAAAAUCAAUGUGUCAUUUUUAGAAGUGAAUAAAUGACAGUGGAAGAGGGGGUUCAAAGGUUUCGUACCUUAUCUGAGCAUCUGAAAUUUAACCUUUUCUUAUCCGUUCAUCGUGUAGGUCAGCUGAUCUCAGCCACCACUGAGGAGAUCGUCAAGGCCCACUACCCCUCUUAUUUUCUGCUGUCAGUCACUGGACAGAUUCAGACCCGACAAGCACAGGGGAGCUUUGAUGACAGUUACAUGGGUGAGGGUGAUGUCAAAUAGGCUUAGUAUUAUUAAUUCCAUGUACAUUCACUGACCAGAAAUGUUUUGCUAAUAGCUUGGAUUCACACAAUAGAUAUGCAGUAGAACAGCAUGAGCUACUAACCUUAUGUCAUAGGGUCAGAAAUAUAACUACAUGUUUCAGUGAAACAACAAAUAAUAUCAGUACAGUUCCACUACUGCAGAGGAGCCAAUUGGCUUCUGACAGUCAUGAAAUGGAUGUGCACUUUGUACAUGGAUAUUUCUGUUUUGGUUAUUUCAGCGUAGGUUGGUUUUGUCUAGUAUUGUCAAGCUUUGACGUGAUCUACUCAGUUUCAAUCCCUGUCAUUCUAACUUCAUGAAGAAGUCAUGAAAAGUUGGAACAGAGUUACAUAGAAGCUACGCAACUAACUCGUGUGCUGGUAAUGGACAAGUAGAAUAAAUGUAUGUGAAUCUUCUACUGUAUUGUAAAACAUUUGCUGCUGUUUAUUGUUAUACUAGCCUGCAGAAAUAAGAUUUGAUUCAAGCCAAGAGCAGAUGGGAUAUCAACAAGUUGCAUAGGGGAUCAAAUUUUUUCACCACCCUAAUCUUUUGUCUGACAUGGCUAUGAAGCCGAAGAUGUGGCCUGGACUUUGAUAAGUCUGUUAGGUUGAUAAGGAAGUUUGUGGUUACCUCUUAACCAUACAGGUAACUUCUUGCUUAAAAUCUCCUCUUGUAUACGAAAAUGGAAAAAUGAGACAACCAAAUAUCUAUCUGAAGGAUUUUACUAAAAUUUCCAUCAAAUACUUGCAAGUAGAUUAGUGGUUCUUUCCGUUAUUUCUGUGUGAGUUUAGCACUGACAUUUACUGGAUCACUCAGAGUUCAAAUGUGAGCAUACACAUGAGUUUUAAUGUAUCUGUCAAUAUCAUUCUCUGACAGGUAAGAACACUUCUUUCCAAAGUUGUAAAAGUAUACUAGUUAUAGAUUCCCAAGACAAACUCCACACAUUUUUACACACAUUUACGAGACUGGGGACAUAACAUGGCACCCCACCAUUUCUGUUCACAGUUCAUACAGCGAAUGUAAUUAAGUAAUUUAGUGUUGCGCUCAAAGAUUUGUCAGAUUGACAGACAACAAAAAAAGCAUAAGCUACACUGUUGAGAAAGUGUCUUUAAUUCCAUAACAUUAGCCAUGCCAACAGUGUGGUUGGAGAUUUUUAUGUUUUAACAUUUCCUUGUGGUGUUGUUUUGGCAUUUUAUGUGGUUCAGAUAUUAUCAGGGCUAAUGGGGUUGUACAGGCACGAGUCAGAAAUGACGACAGUACUGGGUCAUUAUGAUCUGGCUUUUAUGUAUAUUACAGUUUUUUAAAAGGACAGUGCUUGAUUGUAGGCUUUUUUUAAGUUGUCUGUUAGUUGGAUCAGUAUUAAAUGCAGUGAGUGCUGCUGAUGCGCAAAGGUUUUGUUGGUACUUUUAAUACAGAAAUAGUCUAAAUCUUGCAGGUUGUGAAUGUGUAAAAGCUUUCUAGCUAACCUUCAUCUCUCCUGCAGGCUACUCUGUGGCUGCUGGCGAGUUCAGUGGGGAUGAUGAGGAAGGUAAGGGUUAUAUUUACUGUACAGAGAGCUGAAAUUCAGGGUUGAGAACAGGACUUCAAGCUGGGUCUAAUAUUUAACUACUUAGCCUUAAAUGGGUGAAAGAGUUUCAUUUAGAUAACAACUAUUUAAUACCUACAAAUGAUCCAAUGAAUUACACAAGUGCAUGAUGUUUCUAUUAGUGGGCAUCAUGCUUUCUCCAAAACAAGCCGGUUUGUAGUUUUCAGACUUAUUUGACAUUUCCUCCCCUGACCUUUCACCCCUUGCUUUCUGUGUUUCAGAUUUCAUCACAGGAGUACCAAAAGGACUCAUGCUGUAUGGUGUAGUAAGGACUCCCCAUUUUUAAAUUCUACACUUUAAAAUAUAUUAAAUUAUCUACAGGAUACUCAGGCAUUCACUGCCAGUCGAUUAAACUGAGUCAACGGUCCAUUGUCAUAUACUUGGGGAUUAUGAACAACCAUCUAUAAUCAUAAUGUUCUUUGUCUGUGUUGCUAUAGGUGUCCAUACUAAAUGGUGAAGAUAUGACGUCUCUGCUUAACUUGACAGGAGAGCAGGUAUGUGCACAUCUGGCAGGAGAUUUCCUCUUCUAGCCUGGCUUCUUUUUUCAUGUCUGGGUACAUAUUAAAUGUGUCAUGUGUAAAAAAAGGUGGCAGAUGAAGGAAUUUGCCCCAUGGAGAGGAGGCCUGUACCAGGGGUCAGAGGCCAAGCUUACAGUACGCACAACUCAUAGGUCUGAAGAUCAGUAAAUCAAACCCAGAAACAGCAGAGCAGUGUCAGGUUGUCCUUGUAUUGGACAUUUCCCCUUGUGGGACUAAAAAGGAGUAUCUUAACUUAUCUUAUUGAUUCAGUGUGUACUUUGAAAUGAGAAGGCCUGACGCACAGCAGCAUUGGCUUGAGUCAUGAUGUUUAAAAUAUAACCCAUGAAUUAUCUUUAAAACCAAAUGUCACUAACUUAAUUUAGCUGGGUUUAUUUUUGAAAAUGUUCCUGUUGCUCAUAUCCUGUGAACUCGUGGGUGUGAAAUGUCAAUUACAUAUUUGACUUCGUGUAUGCCCACUUUUGAAAUGUUUAUGGAGGAGUGUAUGUGUGUGUGUUUUCACUGUGGGAGGUCACCAAUGACAGCUCAGAGGUGUCAGUCUCAGGUUGGAGGGAGCUGAAUAAACUGUUAUGUCUUAGUACAGCUGAUCUGAGGCCAAUCAUGGACUAAUUGACUCUGUGCUCUUUGUUAGCUAAUGCUGCUCCCUCUCUCUGUGGGAGGGAGGGCUUUGACCCCACAGCCAAGUCAGCUGCAACAACACUGCAGAGAAUCUUUGUGCAAGAGAUUAUUUAUUAUACGAAUAAACAACAUCUCCCUGAUGCGUCAUGUUUUAGAGGCUUACCAGCCAAUAUUGUGUCCAAUUUUCACACAAGAAGUGACCGUAUGAUGUGAGGAGGUAAAUAUACAGAGCCCAGCAUAAGUCAGUACACCCCCUAUAAAUGUAAUGUAUUACUCAAUAUCUAGAUCAGCAAAAGUACAAGUUUUGUCAAAGCGGAGUAUAACAUAACAUCUUAUUUACCAUAAGAUGAAAAUAAGGGUGAUAUGGUAACUAAAAUUUAGCUUAGCUCCCCAAACUUUGAUUGGGGUGUACUCAUUUUUUUGUAUGCAAUUUAAGAAAUCUUGUUUUCAGUCGAUGGCCUACAUUUGGGGAGUAUGUUGUUGUAUAGUCUGACAUAGAAAGUGUUGAUUCUGAAAGGAAACUAAAGGUUUUCUGACAACUCUGAAGGAGUGUACUCAUUUAUGCCGAGCGCUGUGUGUGUGUGGAGUUUCGAUUUCUCUUCUAGUAUUGCACCACUGUUAAAAACGACUGCUGUGGGUCAACAAUCUGGAUUACUCUGAUUCCAUUGGCCGUUAAAUUAAUGUGAUAUCAGUUUGUUUUUUGAAGGAUUUCCAUUUGGCUGUAAGUACUGAAAGUUAAAAUGUUGUAUGUGAGUAAUUUUCCUGCUCUUAUAAAACAUGACAGUUUUAUUUGGCUGAUAAGCUACAUUUUAAGCAUCAAUAAUAUCAUCUCUCUUCUACAGUCAUGGAAAUAUUGCAUUCAUUUCUUGAGACAACUCAAAAUGUAGGGUCAUGUUGCGACAACACAGCACCUCACCACUGCUUGUAACUCGUCUUUGGUCCCUCUUCCCUCUAUGGCCAUUUUAAGACCACAUACAAUGCUGACCAGCUGUCUGGUGUGUGUGUGACAGUGGCUUGAGGUCCCCCAUGCCACAGUCAAUGACAAUCCAUCCUCCAGAGCUGCUGUCUGUCUUUAGUUUGUGCAUCAGAUAGUGGCUUGGCAAUGAUGCCCACUCAUUUGGGAUGAUCUGUGGAGUGGCGGGAGAAUGGCUUGUCUUAUUUGAAGAGUUUUUUUGGUUUUUUUUUAUAAACUAAAUUUCGUUUGGUCCUUUUGACUUUCUAGCUUUCUCUGGUACCUCCAAAGGAGGUGAAUUAAAUGAAUUGAAUUAAAUGCUGUGCCUCCUGUCCAGACUCUCCAUGGUGUAAACCAGUUGAAUAUGCAAAAACCCAAUUUCAACAUGUCUUUUCUUAAUAUGUUUAAACAUAAUUAAGUGCUCUCCACAUGGACUGUGUUGGUAAAUCACGCCCAUGGUUUUGGCUUGCUAAAGAGCUAUCAUUCACUACACCUGUGUGCCUUCUAGCUAAGAGGUCUCCCAUGGAGAUUUGCUUCUAUGUGUGAUUAAGAUCUGCCUGUGUUCAUCAUUUACAUGCUCUUUAUUUCUAUCUCACAUGAACGUUUCUCCGAGUUCAGUGCUGCAGAGGGUCCUGACCCCUUUUCUAAGAGUGUGUGUGUCUGACACAUCAAUGCUUUUGUUGAGUAGUAGUGCAUCUGAACUUUGGUCAGUUAUAUUUAUGCUGAUUUGAGCUGUUUAGCAUAUGUGGAUCUUUAAUACAGAGGUCUACAGAGCCAUUUCUGUAGCUGCACUACAAAUGACUUUGAAGUGAGAGUCUUCUGGGGAUGUAAUGUGGCCCUAAUUUAUCAUACAUGGUAUGAAAUUAAACCGGAAAAACCUAAGCCCCAUGAGUAGUUUCUCAGAGUGAGUGUUAAAAGAGUUUGAGACCCCAGUCCUCAGACCCCCUACCUCUCAUCCAGCUUUCAGAAGCUCAAACACUGAGCUCCAUGAAAAGGGAGCCGAAAAGACCUCGGGGGAUUGUGGGAUUGAGAGAUUGAGGAGGAAAGCUUCUGGGGGUGGUGGUGGAGGCUGCAUAAGAGAAAAAAGGACAUGGAGAAAGAAAAUGAAAGAAAAGAAGGGGAUAUAUGCACUGUGGUGUGAUUAUAGGCUAACUUGGUCUUGUUUGUAAUGUGUUCCAGAUGGGGUCCUACUACGGCUAUGCCGUGGCAUCCACUGACAUUAACAACGAUGGGUGAGUUAACAUAGCUAUGUUGAGACAGAUGAUGGCAUGAGGUGAGGAAAAGGAAAGGUGCUGAGUGAAAUGACUGAAACGUGAGAAAAAUGUGAGCUUGAAUACAAGACAAAAAGGAACAGGUCAUUGAAGCAGAGACAACAGGGGGACUUUUCUGGAGUUUCCCACACUUGCUCAGUCAUGCUGUCACUGUCGUACAUGUCCACAAAAUUUCUGAAGUAUUUCAUACCCUCACUUGGUCUGCAGAUCCCCUAGAAUUAAGUUCUCCUUUACCAGUUUCACAUCAUUAACCAGGGCAGAGUACUUACACAGACAAUGGCCACUUUCAUUAAUUACUCAGCUUUCCCUGUCUCUCUGCGCUGUUUCAACUGGGAUAAUAAGAGAUUCAAUUGUACCCACACACUGCAGUGUCACUCACAGAUGAGUGUAGUGCUACAGAUCCGCAGUCAGAACCACCAGUGCUGUAUAUUAAAGUAAAUACAAACAGAGAACAGUUAGAGGUGGGAGAAAAAAUCUGUACAGCAUAGUAUUGUGAUAUUUUGUCUGGUGAUAUAAGGUAUCGUCUCAUUUACCAAGUAUCGAUUUUUUUCAAAUUAAUUAUUAGUUCAAAGUCAGAUCUAUGAUAAUGAAGAAAAAAAUCAACUGUUUGUCCAGUGAGGUUGGCAGAGGUGACAUCAUAGAGCAGGAAAACGUUAGUACAAUAAACAUAGCAGCACCUGGGGAAGGACAUUGGGACUGCAAACAGGGCACAAAUGAGAUGGACCUGACACAUAAGGUUUGCAAGAUGUGCCACAUGAAAAUAAAAUACUGUGUAAAUAUGACAAACAUAAAGGAAAGACAAAUGCUAAAUGAGCUAAACAGUUGAAAAAAAAAUUCUAUGAAUUGCAAUUUAUUGUUGUAUUAUAUUGUUAUUGUUACAUUAUAUAUUACAGUAUGUUAAAAAUCGCAAUAAUAUCGUAUUGUGGCGCCACUGGUGAUUCCCACCCCUAAGAACAGUAGGCUUUGACGGGCACUCAUUAUUUCUUUGGACUAGCCUUGCAUUAGAAGUUUCAUUCUCUUAAAGUGUUAAAAUCAUAUAGUUUCAUGAGAGGCCAAAACAAACUCAUACAGAGUAGACUAAAAUAAAUCCAAUGAUGUGAAAGGUUGUAUGUUUCUGCAGUAGCUUACAAACAGACAAACGAAAUGUUUUCAUCAUUACCUUCAGAUUGGAUGACCUUGUGGUGGGAGCCCCAAUGUUCAUGCGUCGAGGGUCCAAUGGGCGAUUGGAGGAGCUGGGUAAGGUGUACGUGUACCUUCAGAGAGGGCCUUUACAGUUGGAACCAAGUCAGUCCCACCUCCUGGGUCGACAGGCUUACAGCUGGUUCGGCUCCUCGCUGGCUCCUCUGGGUGAUCUCAACCAGGAUGGAUUCAAUGGUAAGUCAAUAAGUGUUCAACUGAACUUCAAUGUUGGAUAGCAGGUGUAUUUAUUUAAAAGAAGAAUAACAGUUUGUUAUACUCAGAUUUUUCAUAUUUGGCACUGGAGAUGCGGGUGCACAAUUAUUAGAUUGUUUUCAUACCAAUUUGCAGAUAUUUCCAAACUCACACUGCUUUCCUUCAGACAUGGCUGUGGGCUGUCCCUAUGGAGGAGACAACCAACACGGAUCAGUUCUUAUCUACAUCGGUCAUGCGGGAGGUCUGAUGGACACGCCUACUCAGACUUUGUCUGGCCAAUGGGCUUCCAGCUCUUUCCCUGCCAGUUUUGGGUAUGCACUGCGAGGAAACCGAGAUCUGGAUCAGAACGGGUACCCAGGUACUGCAAAGCACAUUAUGCAACAUGGCCAAUGCAUAAACCAAACCUCUUUGUCAACACCCUUUAUAUUUUAUUUACCCUUGUUCUUGCAGAUCUGAUUGUUGGUGCUUUUGGUGCUGAUACGGCCGUGUUGUACAGGUAUGUGUUAGCACACAGGAAUAAUGUACGGUAAUCACAAUGUAGAUUGUUCAUUGUGUUGUCUGUUUCUCUCUCCAGGGCUCGGCCUAUAGUGAGUGCCAGUGCGUUUCUCACGGUGCACCCGACCAUGUUCAACCAGGAGGAGAAGACUUGUGAGCUGUUGACAGGGAAUGAAACCAUUGCUGUGUCCUGGUAAGCGCAUCAGUUUUCUUUUACAAAAGUUGAUGUCCCACUUUGUGUUAAAGUCCCACUCCGAUCGUUGCUUUUUUACUACUUAAAGUGUUCUCAGUGGUCUUUAAAUCGUGAUUAUGAAGUUUUUAGCCAAAUCAUGUUGCCUGUGUCAUUUUCAAGGGCUUUUCUUCUGCAGAGCUCCAGUAGCUCAUUAGCAAUUUGCCUCUGAGUCGUGGGCGGAGACAGUGCUGCUCUGCACACUUGUCUUCACACUUCAACUCUUCAGCUUGACAUAGCUUGUGCAGCAGAAGUGGCAGGUAACAUAGGAGCUUCUGGGGCGGAGCUUGGAUUUGCUACAUAGGAAAUCUCAUUGUUUCUGAACCUGCCGUUUGGGUCUGUCAGAGAUUCACAGUGAUUUGAAUUCAGAAAUACUCAGAAAUGCUAUUUCACACUUACUUUUCUCAUAUGUCCUGUAGCAUCAGAAAAAUGCCCUAUGAACAUGUAGACAACAAGAUAAACAUGAUUUUCAUCGGAGUGGGUCUUUAACAGGAAGAUUAGAGGCUGUUUGAUGUAACACUCAAUAUUUGUCAUGAAGGGGAAAUAUCUUGCGAAGCCUAGAAGUGGUUAGAGCACAAUCUGAAAAUAACAGAACAUGGAAAGUCUUGCGUAUGUUAUGUAAGACACAUCUUAGUUCAAUUUCAGCUCUCCAAACUUGUGCCUCACGAGAAUGUCAAAUGACUUCAUGUUUACCAAUUUCCUGUCCAAACUGCUCUGAGCUACGCACACAGUAUUCUUGGAUCCAGUGAAAGAGGAAAGUCAUCUUUCAGUUUCAAUGAAGUUCUUUCCACAAGCUCACUUCAAACAACAUAAUAAAUGUGGAACAUUUUUGGAGUGACGAGAAGAUGUUCGCCAAACCUCCAUUUCUGCCCUGUAGGUUGAUGUAAGUGAGUCUUGUGUCGGUGGUUAUUAGUAUUUUUGCUGCUGUGGAAACAAGAAGACAAACUGAGCAGAGAGGAGGGGAAGUGGGAAAAGGUGGAGUAGUUCUAUAAAAGACAAGUGCAGCAAUAGUCAUUUCAAAGGUUGGAAAAAGGUUGUAACUUUCCCGAAAUGAACAAGAAUUGUCUAAUGUUGGCAAAAACAGAGAUAGCCUGUGGUGUACCCUACCUUUUUUAGGCUCUAUACACAUACAUAUUUUAUGUGAACACUUAUAAAUGAAGUGUUUGAUACUUAAAAGAUUUUAAUCCUAUUCAAACACGAGGAAAACACGUGUGACUUUGGAACUGGCCAGUUGAAACGGCUGCGGUAAACAAAUCAUGACCGACUUCCUCCUCAGACCAGAGGAGAAACUGGUUUACUUUUUCACAGCCAAAUAAAGUUUUCAGUGUUAACCUUGAUGACUCGCUGUUUUUAUGAUGCACACAAUAAAAUGAGUUUUCCCUUUUUCAUGUUUCUGUCUGUGUUUAACCUACAGCGUCAGCAUCGGUUUCUGCCUGCAGGCUGAUGGAAAGCACCUCCCCUCUCAUCUAGGUGAGGCAGACACACACACAUACUCGCACACACACUCGCACACACUCACACUCACACAUGGUCUCUAUUACCUUGCUUUCUCUGUGUUUCCACAAGUAUGUUGGACCUCACUGUGGUCAGUUCGGCAGUUCAGAUCAAGAUAAAAGAACAAUCAUGUAAAUACAGGGAAACUCGGUGGGCUCCAGCAGUUUAGAGAAGUGUGUGUGUUUAUUUAAAGUGUGUGGGUGUGUAUUGUCUGUGUUGUGUGCAUAGUUACUGUCAUGUGGGCCGGAGUAAUGCCCUCAGUGUGUUUUUACAUGCUGUGCUGUAACACAUACAGGCUCUUCACCCUGUUCAGGUUAACCUCCGUAUGUGUAUAUUUGCAUGUGGCUAGGCGGGCAUGUAAUAUGUCAGAGCAAGUAUGUGUUUCUUUGUGCAUGUGCAUACAUCUACAUGUGUUUCUGUGUUCAAUAUAGGCAUACUGCAAACAUACAGACUAUCUUCAACGUCUACUGCCUAAUGUGCGUCUCUUGUGUAUGUUUUCCAGACUUCAUGGUGGAGGUUCAGUUGGACAGUGGGAAGCAGAAUCAGAAAAACUCCAUCAGGAGGACUUUGUUCCUGGACAGCCAGCAGAGCAGCCUGCUAAAGACCUACAGUCUUGGUAUUGGAGACCGCUCUUGUCAUGAGGCAAAAGUCUACCUGCGGGUCAGUCCCACAAGUUGUUUUUCCCCCUCAGAUAUACUUUUAAAAGGCAAUUCAAAAGAUGUGGAUUUAUUUCUAUGAAAAAUAGUAAGACUGAUUUUUGAGUUUAAUUCUAAUAUUAGCAUGCUAAUACCAACAACGCCACUAUCCUUAUUGAGGGACCAUUUUCUACCAUUUCAGGCAGACAUUUACACGCUGCCCGAUGAGGGUUAGUUUCCUCAGUGUUUUCUUUUGUCUCAAAGUGUUUGACCAUGGGAAAUGUUUGGUGUUGAUGGACCAAAUACUUUUGAAGCAAAGAGCUGGUUGGCUUGGUGGCUCAGUACACUGAGGCUUAUUGCAGGUGUUGCUAAUUUGACCACAGGCCACGACCCUUUGCUGCAAGUCUGUGCCUGCAACAUUUACUGUCUUUCUUUACCAGUGCUGUCUGAUAAAAAGGCAAAUAACACCUGGAAGUAGGAUUAGGCGAUUGAGCAAAAAAAAAUGAUCACAAUAUAUUUUGUCAAAUCGUCUGAUCUUGAUUAUUAUCAUGAUUUUUUGGUAUUUUUUUAAAACUGACAGUUUUAAAGCAUCUGUACUAAAAACUAGAGACACAAGCGAUCAGCUCAACAUUUAGUUAACAUACAACGUAAUAACAAAGGAAAUUAAAUAAGAUAAACUUAGAAAAAUAUAAAAACCAUUUUUACUCAACAGUACAACAAAUGUAGAUAAAUACUAAAUAAUACAGUGAACUAGUUUACAGUCCUGAGUGUUUUUGCAGGUAUGUAAGACCCAAAAUAAACAAAUCGCCCCCUCAGGGAUAAUGAAGACGCCUUAAAAUAUAGUUGAUAUGAUUGAUUGCUGCUUUGGUCUGGUGGCUGCACUACUAGUUGUAGCUAAACUGCUAAUGCUACUUGUGCCGUCAGCAGUGACAGGCUGUGUAGACUUCGCUAGCAUUUUCAUGCUUUCCACAUAAUCAUUUGAGAAGAACUUCUUCAAUUAUUAAACAGAUCUGUUGUGUUGCUGGUUUUUGAGGGCACCGACCGCCAACAUACCUUGCAUAGCGGCUUAAUUGCUCGACGUCCCUUUGGAGAUAUCCAAACUACCACCACACAGCAAUGGCUUCUUUGGAGGAUGACUCAAAGUCAUGGCUGACAUCUAUUUUGCUGCCCUCAGCUCCGCGUUUAGCUCCAUGUUUGGUCAUUCUGUUUACUUCCUCUGUUUACUUCUCCGGCAACUUACAGAAGUGAGCAGGAAAAGCUCAAAUCUGAUUGGCUGUUGUCAUGCUCAUUUCCACUAUGUUUGAUCAAGUAAAUAUGCUCACAGCUGAUCACCUUGAUCGAAUUGAAAUUUAUCACGAUCAUUAAUAACAAUCAUAUAACCGCCCAGUCCUACAUGGAAGAUAUUUUUAAAAAAUCAAGGAUCAGAAACAUAGUGAAAAAAAAUCCUUCUUGGGGGUCUGGGACUGACUUUUAACUGGAUUUCUAACCAUUUCAUGGGCAGUUAAAGGGUCAUUCAGAUGAAUACAACACAAUACUUUAGUAUGAUACAUUUAUUUAACUGUAGAAACAAGUCAUGUAAUAGAAAAAGUCUAAAGAAUUCUGCAUUUACUUCUGUCAGACAUUGGUAAAAAGAGGGAUUGUUAAUUCACUUAAAGAUUUGUGCAAUAACUGAGACCAUUUAUUUUAAGACUCUGGAGAACCAGCUCCAGGCGCUGGAGCUGGUUCUCAUUUGAACCGUUUAAUCAGAGACGGUUUUGCACCUGCAGUGCCAGGUGAAUGAUAUUAUCUUGUCAGUGGAAUAAAGGUUAACGUCAUUUUCUAAUGGAUGGGUUUGAAGUUGCUGUUUGAAGUGCUAUUUAGGAGUGGAAACUGCUACAGUCCCAAUCUUCUCAUCACUCAGUGGUGACCUGAUCAAAGUGAAAACCUGCCAAAAACACUGGAGUCAUAUGUGCAGAGGUUCUCUGUAAGGACAUGAUGAUCAGAGUGUUUAGCUCUUUCAGGUAUAGAAGACAGUUUGAGUAGGAUCUGCCAACCAUCCGCUCACCUAUCAGUCAACAUGUUUCUGUGUACACACCAUUUAUACCUCUGACUCUAUGUGCAGGGGGAAUAUCAGUGUGGCUCACAGAGCAGCCUCCAUAUCACAUCUGAGGGAAACUUCAAACAGACUAAAUCCUACAGUUAGGCCAGUAGUUCCUCAACAUCUGCUUCUAAUUUUCUAAAUUUACAGCACUAAAAUGAUGGAGAUUUCAAUGAGGGCAACAAACUACAAGCCAUCUUUUGAGGAGCCUGCGUUCUAAAAAAAAACAGCAGAGCAGCAAAUUAAAACAAGUGACUGAAAGAAAGGGAAGCUGUUUGCAUCAUGAGGGUUUGUGUCAGUCACAAAAUUGUUGAACACUCUUACAUUUUUCUCUCUUCCAGAGUGAGGAGGAGUUUCGGGAUAAACUCUCUCCCAUUUACAUCAGCCUGAACUUCAGUUUGGAUCCUCAGGCCUUGGUGGACCGUUAUGGCCUCAGACCAGUCCUGAAUUAUCUGACAGAACAGCCCAUAGAGCAAAAGGUGGGUAUAUGAACUUAUAUACAAGUAUCUUGUCAGAGCACACCCACAUCAGUGUCAGAUGCUGUAGAACAAUAGACUCCAGCAUUUUUAGACGGAUAACACCUUUAUGGCAUAUUUUCCAGUCCUGGUAUUUCUUAUCAUUGUUUGGAUUCUUGCAUUAGAUUUGGUUCAAAUGGCCUAUUUGAUACGCUUGUAAUUUAAUUGUGAGAAGUACUCAGUGAGUUUAAGUCCUUUUUAUCCACCUCAGUAUUGCUAGUCAUGAUAAGCAGACUAUGAGCAGGAACUGCAAAUGUUGUUCAGUAUUUCAAUGUGUUUAAAACGGAUUUAACGCACGCCUGAGGAAAUUAAAUUGAUUGGUUCUUGAGGGAACCUUGACCCGUCUUUAGGCACACUCACUGCUUCAAAUGCUGAACUCAUUAGCACUUCUCUAUGAAACUUCAGCUAUUUCUCCAUAAAUUUGUGAACUGCAGCCUUAUAUUAAAGUCCUAGACUAAACAUUGAGACCGCACCACACGCUGUAUACUUUAUGAAGUAAACAUGUAGACACCACAACAAUUACCAGUGGAGGGACAGCAUAACAGAAUAACAGAUGGCAUAAAGAAUAUUUUAACAUAACUGUACUGAGAAGUCAGGAACAAAUGGCAAGCCAGAAUUUCUGUAAUAUUUAUUUUUUAAUCUGAGACAGAGGUUACAGGAGGUUUUUAAACUGCCUUCAGCUGAAGGGUCAGGUCCCAUAUGGUUGUAGGUUGAGGGUCGGCCCUGAUGGAGUAAGAGCUGAUUCUUGCACUCUUGGAACAGUUGAAAGGUUUAAGAGGCCUAGCGAGUCAUGGCAAUGCAAAAACACAGUGGAGGGCUGACAGCUCUUUUUUUGGGUGGGGCCGCGCUCGGCUCUCAGACAUCUGGUUGCGGUUUGUUUUUGUAUGUUGCCAGUGGUGUCCUCCACAAGGCACCAGCCAGAGCCUGAAAACGUGCACAUGUGUAUGUGAGCGAUAAAAGGUAAAGUGAGUGUGUGAUGUGGGUGUGGGAGGGUGUACAUCAUAUAGUUUUAACUGAAUGUUUUCAACAGAAGACACAGACUUUUCAUGUCACUUAAGAGUGGAGGCAUGUAGUAAAGCUAAUGAUAGUAGGGAACGGGAACAAAAUCUGUGUCAUGUUAAAUGUUAUUGUUAUGUAAUAGUGAAAUGUUUUGUUACUGCUGGGUGUAGUCCCUCUGAAACAUGUCCCAGUCUGACCUGUUAGAUUUUACAUAACACUCCUGAGGCUUUACAAAAAGUAUUAUUUCUCCUUUUAAUGUUUUAACUGUAAGCCAUGUCAUAGAUUUACUCUUUGUAACAGCCUCUUUAUAUUGUCUGUGGCUGACUUUAUACUUUUCCUGGAUAUACCAUUUUCUGCCCAAUUAUUAUCCUUGUAAUUAACAUCCACAAAUAUUUCUGUGUUAAAAUGUAACCUGAUGUCAUUCUGUAAUAUUUGACUGUUUUGACAAUAAUUUCUUGUAUCAUGGGUGAAACUAUUCAGAAAUGCAGUCAUAUUUCCAACAGACAAACGUUUAAAAAAGGUUAAAGGGAGAAACAGGUGUGGGUUGCAGAGUAAAGUGAGAAAGCUGCCCACAGAGGUCACGUAGAAAUCCCAUAAUGCAUGUUAGUUCUGGGUUGCUGUGAAUCCUGAUUGGUUGAUUGCUUCAGACAGGACCCGUUGUUUUAGAAAUAGAAAUGAAAAUAGAUAAAAACAAGUGCAUGGAUAUUUCAGAACAGGUUCACAUAUGCAGUAUAUAAAGGUAUAUUUCAGUUGAAGGUAGAGUGUGCAGUAUUUAGAGGUAUUUAUGGUCAAAGCAGAACAGACUUGGUCGUAAUGAAAUAUCUUAUUCGUAAUUAGAUUUGAAAUGGUGUUUAAUCGCCUAGGUAUAUACACACAUAUUUGUUGUUUUGUAAUGUUUUCUGUUUUUUAAUCUGCAUAAGAGCACCCUUACGAGGCUGCCGUCUUAUACUACCAUUUUAUCUUAGUGCAGAAUGGACAAACUAGUAACAUCAACGUUUUUAUAUCUUGUGAGUGGCUGCACAAGAGUGAAACACAUGGAGGCCGCCCAUGGUUACUAUGGAGUGCAAAAGAAGUUGUGAUGGUUUCAAUUUGGUAGAAAAACAAAUUACAUUUUCACAAGUCAUUGAAGCCUCUUGUGUUAGACAGCCACCAUUGCCUCACCAACAGGUAGGGUGAGCAAGGGAGAUAAAGCAAUAUACUAAUCAUAAUUUUUUUUGAUGCUGAAUCUUUGAUAUCAUUAGUGGGUUGUGUUUUUGUUUUUACUGAAAUCACAGAAAAAAUAUUACUUACUGUGGUUUUAAAAAUCGACCAGUCUUUAAAAAGUCCACACUCAUAUAUCAAGGGAAAAGACCUGUGUGUCUCAGUUGCACAGUUUCUUUGGGAGUUUGGGACAAAUAUCUUAUUAUCUGGGUGCUGAACCAUCAGCGCUGACUGUAAAGAUACCUUUAGUAUCGCUUCAAUUAUUGAGCUAAUUCUCAGAUCGAAAAAAAGAGACUUAGGGUGUCACAUGGUUUCACUGGUGUAGAUUGUAUGCCGUCAUGUUGUUGUAGAGGAUCUUUGACCGAAUGCGUAAGAAGCAUGAACACGUGAAUAACCAAGGGGAGCUGAGACUUAUCACUUGAUGGAGUGUGUGCCUGUUUGGUGUUAAAUGAAUGAAAAUACCUUGAAUCUAUAUAAAACCAGUGACUCCAUUGAGCUAGUGUUAACUAUUGCCAGGCUGAUCCUUUUUUCUCUGUAGCAUUCUUUUGGAGACUAAUGCCCACCAUGUGUUGGAGAGAUGAGGCUAAGGCAUCAGUGACAAUGUGGAGCUGCAUGAGAGAAAGGGUCGAGACAAAGAGGAGGAAUAGAGAGGCUUAGGCAGAAAGCUCAUGGGACACACUAGAGAAGACAAUUCCAGUGAAUCAUUUCUCAUUCAUCUUUUACUGUGGGAUUUUUUUCCCCAAGUCUUCAGUCAGAGAAAGACUGAAGACCAGAUUAAGCCCUAUUCUCUUUCCAAUGUGAGGUUUUCACUCUUUUUGAUUGUGGCUUUUCUGCAGAAAUGUAAUGCUUGUUUGGACAGAAUUGACCAUCUUUUCAUUCUCCUGAACCUCCACCAUCCACUCCCCCUUUUCUUCUCUCCCACAUUUAAAGCACAUAUGUCUUUGAUCCUGAACACAUGAAAGUAUACAGCUUCCACAAAACUUCUUGCCAUCUGGUUGCUGCACAUUUUGUUGCAGUUUUGUGCAUGGAGGAUAUGUAAAGUCCAUAUCCUCUCUUAUCCUUUUAUUAAAUCCUGAAUCUCGAAGACUCUCUGUGUAAACAUCCACUUCCUUGGGAGCUUUUCCCUCUCCAUACCUCAGGACUCGGCUCCCUUGGUACCUCUCUGUCUUUCACCCAUCAUAACCACCCCUCACUCCUCCUCCUCCUCCUUCCUCCACUCAUCUCUAUCCUGCUUUCUUUCUCAGGCCCAGAUCCAGCUCGAUUGUGGAGAGGACAACAUCUGCGUCCCUGACCUCAAGCUGGCUGUUUAUGGGUGAGAGGAAAUCACCUUUCAAUUACUUUACCUGAUUCAACAAACACAACUUAAGCCCUGCAGUCAAGCAAUGCAAAUGUGCCACAGCUUUCUUCUCCUGUGACUGAUAAAAGACAACAAAGAUUCAGCUGUACCUAGAAAAGUUCUAACAUGGACCAUGUGCUGGAGGCUCUUUCCUCUGCUGCAUGUGAAGUGAUGCAUUUCAUGUUGCUGGUCAGAGUAGAAUGAACUGGUGAACCCGCUACACAGCUAGAGGAAGCACUCUUUGCAGUCUUGGAAUAGACUGACAAAAAUCAACAACAUCCUCAGUGCCUCAGUGUGGGCCAUGCUGUUAAAAGCCCUGUUUUUGCUCUCCUGUGGGGGCAGGUUAGCCUCUUAACAUUAGCAAAGAACCAACAUGGCUAAUAUUCCAGCAAAUGACCUUGCCAAAAUUUCAUGCUAGGUUGAUUAUUAGUUGUCUUUUUGCAGGACGAGUAACUCUAGGUCACAGUUUGUUUCAAUCAGCUGUCUGCUGCUGUAGAUGAGAACUUAGGAACUGCUGAAGUGGACCCAAAAUGGUGCAAAGUUGUAGGCCACAUAGUCACAGUGAUGGGCUCAAAUGUACAAAAACACUCCAUAGAGCUUAACAAAGAAUAUAUAAUAUGCAUUUGUUGGUAAAGGGCCAUAUAGUUGUGCAGUUGUUAGCACUAAUACCUCACAGCAAGAAGGUUCAUGGUUUGAAUUCCUGUCCAGGCAGGAGCUUUUUUCUGUUCGGUGUUCGUAUGUGCAUGUGUAGGCUCUCUUUGGGUUCACUGUUUUUUCCCCAAAGUUCAAAAACAUGCUUGUUAUGUUAUUGUCGACUCUAUAUUGCCUAUAGGUGUGAGUCACACUUGCACAAUUGAUUGUUUGUCUGUAGAUGUUGAUAGACUGUGGAUAUGUCCAGGGUAUACCCUGCCUCUUGCCCAUUGACUGCUGGGAUAGGCUCCAGCCCCCCACUAAUCCAAAUGGGAUAAGGGGUAUACAUAGUGGACAGAGAGAGAAAUUUGACCUUUGACCUUAGGUUAGUGGCAACUGUUGUGCAUUUCACCCCCAGAAAAAGCUCACCGAGACCUUAUACAUGGCUGCAGCAUCUUUAUCAUGAACAACACCUUUGGUUUGUGUUUCAUGCCCACACCGCCUUCACAAAAUGAUGGGAGAGGACAUGACGUACAGUUCCAGUCACUCAGUACUUUUACAUGACACUCUAGAAAACCAAAUCAUUGCCUUGCUCUGAUUAAGACCUGACAACUGAGGUGCAUGUAAACACCUUAGUCCGACUAUAAUUGGAGUUUGAGAACUUGGAUUGGAGUCGGAGAACUCUGAUUAGGACAUCCAGAUAAUGCAAUUGGAAUUCGAUUUUCUCUACCAUGUAACCAGCGUAGUCGGAGUCUGAUCGGACAACGCAUGUGCGCGUGCACCACGCCUCUGGAACCGCAGAACAAAAACACCACAGAAGAAGUGGCACUAUCAUUUAAAGAACUCAGAAGCAACUGCAACGUGGCUGAAGCAAGAAAGAAUGUCCACUUUUGGAACGACGAAAAGUGCCGUUAUGCUUUCCCUCCAGAAAGAAAUGGACAUUUUAAAAUAUAUGGACAGUUGCAAAAUGAGGAACCGAAACAUCUUUAAAAAAGGUCCGGAAACAGCGCUGUUGAAAAGACCCCUAUUGCCCCCUAGUUUUGGGGAGGAUGACACGCUCAUGUCAAUAAUUCAAUUUUCUCAGCGGCAUGUAUACGCGGACAAGGAAAGAAGUCCGAUUCGUCAAAAAAAAACCCCAAUUAUGAGCUUAGUCCGAUUAAGCUGUGCAUGUAAACACGCUGAUUGUUAACUAAUCCUCUGACACUUGUUCACACGCUGCUUGCUAUGCCCCCAAAUGGCAGUUUUUGUCCACCAACAUUUACUGACCUGUUUGGAAAUCAUUAUCUUGCCCAAGGACAUCUUGCAUGAAUUGGGAUUGAACUGCCACCCCUCUGUGGAGUGUGAGAUGACUUGACCUUGACUGAACCAUAGCUUCUCAUGGUUGCGUCUUGUAUGAUUGUAUUAUAAAAUAUUAUGUAACACUGAUGUACAUUUAGGUGUUUUCUUUGUACUGGCACGUCUCUGUGUGUGAAACAUGCACUCUUUGAUCACUCACAAAAGAAUGAAUCGAGACUGGAUAUAAAUCAUUAAAGGCUCUUAAUUUACCAUUCGUCAAAAACAGCCUAUUCAGUUUUUAGAUUAGUUUUUUUAGUUGGUCACAGGUUUUAUCGAGGUCCCUCCUCUGUUCAUUUUGACAAGCACAAUAAAUACAUACAGGCCCAAAAAAGGGUUUUUAGUGCAGUGCAUAAAUAAAGUUCUUAUCUUCUUCUAAACUUUCCUGUAUUUGCUUUAAAAGAAACUCAAGAGAAUACCUUGAACUUAGGAGUGCGAGGUAGAAUCUUUAAGUUAUGUAAAAAGAAAUCAAAGAGGAGAGGUAAAAAAGCUCUGAAGGAAAAACAUGAGUCUGACUGAGGCGCUGUCUGCAGCUCAUAAAACUCUGAAAUAGAGGAGAAAGUCAGAGGAAAGAUUCAUUGCUCUUGGCACCCGUACCUAAAUCACUAAUUGAUAGUGUAUUCCUGUUUGUGAAUGGACCAAAGCCAGAUAUUGGCUCGGGCUCAGUCCAUUCACAAAGGGGAGUCUUUUUCUCAGACUUUUGCAUCCAGCUCUGUUAUGAGGACUGUUUUUCAUUACAGGGCCAUGUGAUUUCUCUUUGCUGCAGAAUCACAGUCAGAACAGAAACAUUCAAAGACCUGCGUUUGUGUUACUGUGGGACAAACCCCAAAUGAUUCAGCGCUUUUAUUUCACACAAUACCUCCUUGCUAACAAAAUGAGCGACACAGCACUUUUUUCUUGCCAGUCAAGAAUUUACACACAGUGGGAUAUUGAAACUCCUAACUCAGAGGCCUGUUACUGCUUUGAUUAUUCUUUCAUGAACUUUAUGAUCCACUAAACCAAAUAAAACAUAGGGAAAGUUAAAGUCUCAGCUGGACAUUACAGAUGUCUGUACACUCUCAGCAUCUGCUCAGUGCUGUAUUCACCAAACUUGGCCCGGCCUAAUUAAAUUCAUCUGGUGGAUGUCUUACCUAGUGCAGGGUCACUGCGUCCAGACCCUCAGAAAAUGGGGGAGGGGAGAAAGAAAUGGGGAAUGAAAGAAGAACCCUGAUUGUGACCCACAACCAGAUUCUUUUUUCUGGUCUCUGCUCAAUAGAAACAUGAAUUUACAACCCCAAUUGGGGCUGCUGGGGGAGGGCCGAAGUCGGAGAGUGUCAGAGUCAGAAGAUUUAUCAACAGGCGGAAAGUGUUUGCACACAGGGGUGUCACUGUGGGCAUGCUGAAUGAGGAGGGGGUCAGUUUCCUGAAACAAAUCACAGUGAUCAGAUUUGGGUAAUUUCCCAUGUCAGUCAUGGACAGAUAUGCAGAAGGAAAGGGCCUUUGGGGACUGCAUAAAACAGGAAUGUAUUGUCUGGAAAGACUCCAUGUACCUGCUUUUCAUUAUUUUUUUACAAUCUCCUCUUUGGCACUUCAGCCUUGCCCUGCAUAGAGUCACUUCAAAUGAAUACUGCUGCAAAGGAAACACAGAGUAGACUGUGCCAGAAAAUAAAGACUUUAAAUGGAGGCUGCUGUUUCCAGCCUGUUUUAUUAUUUGACAAAAUGGCUGUGUGGAAAAAAAACUUACAGGGUACGAGGCUUGAAAAAGUAAAAUGAAAAUGAAGCAGAAAUUAGUCUGUACGUGCUAUACAAUACACUGUACGGUGCCCUUUCAGGUUAUUAGAGACGCUCGGGUGCUACACAGUCUGGAGCUGAUUAACCGUUAAAAAAGACAGCAGUGACUCCAUCAACAGUACAGAGAUGAUGAUCCAGAAGUGUCUGCUUAAGUUUUUCAUUUUCAGAUAAGCACCAAGUCCAUUGCUGGUUGUAACAAAUAUAACUUUUUAUACUUUGCAUUCAGCUUGACAGCAAUUCCUUAAUGACAGUGAGCAAGUGAAAUGAAGUGGAGGUUAGUUCAUUUAUUAUUUAAUGGUUAAUUUGAGAGGGACACAUGUUGGAGCCAUUGCUUUACAAUGUAUACAAAGUAGAUGCCAUGCUUACAGGCUUCUAGCCCUGGCUAAUUUGUAACCCCUAUCCUUGGUUAGGCUUCCAGAAAUGAAAACAGAAAUGACAGAGAAUUGAGUAUAAAAUACUGUAACCAUCUAAAACGUGCAAUAAAACCAACCUUUGCAAUAAAAUGUAAAACUAAUAGUUCAGGUACAUGAAUGAAUGCUAUUGUAGUGCUACCAAGGACAGAAGAUGUUUUCAUCCCAUGUGGUUCCUUGUAUUGCAAAUAAAAUUCAGGUUUAAAACUGUCGAUGUGGACAAGGCAAGCAAGCGCACACUGUCAUUUAGCCUUUUUGCUUUUGCAUGGAGCUGGUUCAAACAUUCUCUUUGCGUCCACCUGAAAUGAUCUGGCAUCAAUUCACUUGCUUGUUUUGGGAAUUCAAGUUGGGAAUUGGUGUUUGUACAUAGAUUUUUUCUUUCAACUUUAUUUUAAACAAGGACAAAUACAUGGAAACAUAUAUUUACCAGCAUUUCAUUAAUGAGACCCACUCUCCACCUUAAAAAGUGAAGCCUGUUAAAGCCUGUUGAAAAUCUCUGUUUCACAAUAAAAUGGUCCUAUAGGAGAAGGAGUCACUGAGUUUUUUCUUUAGGUAUGAGACAAUUUUUAGCCAAUUAUCACUUUUAACUCAUACAGAGCUGAUGGCGGACUCAGAGCACGUUCUCAGGAAUUCAGAUGGAGGCCACCUGGCCUCAGGGACUUUCCAGACUGAAAAACAGACGGCAUCAGUUUCUGCCAUUGUCAGUGGUAGUAAAUGUUUUAUAUUUGAAGCAAUUGUGCAAUGAUGGAAUAUUCACUCAACUGAAAAAUACCUCCAUGGAUCUGCUGUUCUUAGAGGAUUUGCAUGUAAAGCCUACAGCGGUUCUGGUUACAUGUAGAGUAGCUCAAAAGAAGUGUGUAGAACUCUGCUGCUCUACUUAGAGUUAAUGCAUUUUACCUGAACAUGUCUUAACUGUAGAACCUUGUUGUUGAGAGUGUUCAGAUGACCUAAGACAUGCCCUGUUUCUGUAGUGUGAAGAUAACGCAGAUAUCUGGAUGGUUAAUUGUUUAUCCCAUUCACAUCAAACCAGAAGGCAGACGUUAGUGUCUUAACUGUGUUUCUGAAGUUCUUUGUCUUAGUGUGUGCUGCAUUAGGAGAUGUGAAAACAGUUAAAAACCAAGUUUCUGCAUUUCUGUCUAAUGUUUGAAAUACAAUUUUGUAAAGUAAACAUACAUAUGACAGUAAUUUUAGAGUUAAUUUCUUGAGACCCUAAUCUCAAGAUGCUCUUUGGAUGCUACCAGGUAUCUUAGCAUUUCUGGUUCAUUUUUGCUUCGAUUAAUAAGCUCCCAUGCACGUAGAGCCUUAGAGGGAAUGCAGGUCUCUAACCAAUCUGAAGUUCAGGGGGUUCGUUGUCCAGCUGCACCGUGUCAAUAUGUGAAGGUGUCCUCAGACAACCCUGUGUGGCUCCUGACAGCUGGGCUCAGAAAUGUUUUUAUUGUUAUUAUCUACUUGCUACACUUUAUUUUAUUCAGAAUUUACGCUGCAGUAAAUGGCUUAAUGCUGUUGAAACCUCAGUGUUGACACAGUUCUCCUCUUGCAGUGACAGAGAUGAAGUUUACCUGGGUGAUGAAAACUCUUUGAGUCUGACCUUCAACGCGAAAAACGAGGGAGAAGGAGGAGCUUAUGAGGCAGAGCUUUACGUGGUGCUCCCCCCACAGGCUGACUACAGAGGGAUAGCACGCAACAAUGUGGUGAGACAAAACAACACAGAAACUACGCCUUUAUAUGCUUUUUAUGCUUUUAUAAAUGCUGGUAUGCAGUAUUAUUUAAUAAAACUGAAUAAUUUAGUAUCAUACAUCUUUCUAAUCACAAAUUUUCAUUAUAACACUAAAUUAUACAUAUUUCCUCAUCCUUUUAUUUUUUGUCUGAUUUGUGGACAGAGCACUAUCUUAUCACUUUGCAGAUUUUGUCCUGCACAUGUGAAAGCAAUUUUCAUAACAAAGAAAUCUCAGACUGCUUUAUUUGAAUACUCAUAUUGAAGCAAAACUUUACAGAAGGGCUGAUUUUGGGGGUGUAGGUAAUCCACUUAACUGACACCUACCCUCCACCAACUGUUUUUAGAUAUUACUAUUAACUAAGGGCCUGAUCCACUGAAGGUUUGCGAAUGCAAAAACACGUGCAAACUUGAUAGCGCACGCAAACCUGAUCCACUAACCGGGUGCACCGAGGAUUGUGUCUGUCAAGUGAGCAAAACAGCGCGCAAUUGAUUUAGCGUGUUUGCCUUCAUGAAUAUGCAGAAUGUAUGCAGAUCAUCAGACCACGCAAAAUUCUGCAAAUGCAAAUUGAAUCAUUUAACACCCGCAACGUGAUUUAUCAAAACCAGAAACUGACUGCGGUCGCUUUUUUGCAUGUUCGAAAGGCAUGUGCGAACUUGCACAGAGUUACACAAGGUCACUGUGGAGAGAAGGAGGCAAAAGUGCAAUGAUAGAUGAUGGAGAGAGUCUAUCAUUGCACGAGUCCUCCGUGCAAGUGUCGACAUAUUAAAACUGUCAGAUAUAAAAAAAUAGUAGGGUAAUAGUAACAGCGCUGCCAUUUUUUAACUGCUGGGUGACCUAAGGGCUGAUUUGGAGCCCGACACAAAAAUGAUCUGUUCCAUAUCUCCUAACGAAAAACUCUUCGUAACCCUGCAUUUUCCUGCGUCUGACGGUUUUUAUAAAUAGUAAAGUCAAACAUGGAACACACUAAAAAAUAUCUGUUUGUCUUAUUGAUUUUAAGUUGUUUUAAUCCCUUUUUUGAUUUCUACAAUAUUUUCCUGCAUCUGUAAAAGCACUUUGAAUUGCCUUGUGUUUGAAUGGUGCAAUACAAAUAAACUUGCCUUGCUUGCUUUUUAUGUAGUUCCCUAAAACAAUAUGUGCAACUCGAUAGCUUCAAACUUCAUUUUCAUCUAUGAUCACUGUACUCUCACAAACUCUCCAUCAUGACGGCUGAUAGUGCCCAGAAAAUUACUACAAAACUACUUUUGCACCUGUUAUCAAUUGCGCAUGCAAUGAUAGUAGAUCACCCGCAACAUGCCCACUAAUAGCACAUGCAACUUUUUAGUUUGCACACGCAAUUUAGCAUUUGCUAUUUGGAAUCUUAGUAGAUCAGGCCCUUAAUGUAGAAAAAGUCAAUCAUUGUACUGAUGGCACUGUUUUCAACAAGAUUUAAAACUCCUCACAACAGCUUUAAAGUUAUGUUGCUGUUGCUCUGUGUUAUCAACAUGUGAUUUAGAGUGACAGCUCUUAAUAUUCACUCUUUUUUAAUGUCCUCUCCAGAGCUUGACUGAGCUGACGUGCAGCUACGAGGUAGAAAACCAGACCCGCUAUCUCGUGUGUGAUCUGGGAAACCCCAUGAAGUCUGGGACCAGUGUAAGAACCAACAAAGCCUGCACUUUGUUUUUGGCCUUGUGAUUGUUGUGUCUCAGAGCAGUUUAUUCAUAUUGUCCUGAAAUAGAGUUAUUCACACUCUAACUUUAAACAUUUCUGUCAAUGAGCCAAUGAAACAUUUAAAAGAAAAAACAAACUUUCAUGUGGAAAAAUACCCUGUUUCCAAAAACAGAGAGGAAUAUUAAAGACAUUGGUGCUGCAGCUUUGCCAAGGGCUGUUUAUUCUAUUUAGUGAUUCUCUCUGGGACUUGACAAGCGAAAACUGCUGGUGAUGUUUUCCUUGUCCAGUCAUCGGGCUUCAGAUAAGUUAAAGAGGAGGGAAAAAGAAAGAUAUUGAGUGCUUUUUAUAAGAACCAUACUUGUUUUUAUCCACAUGCAAUUCUUCCCUUGACUUGGGCAUGUUAUUCAUUUUAUCUUGUAAUCACUAAAAACAUUUCCUGUGUGUCUAGUUAUGGGCAGGCCUCCGGUUCACUGUCCCUCGACUAAAGGACACUGAGGACACUGUACAGUUUGAGCUCCAGAUACGGAGGUAGGCCGCUUUUGCGCUGUGGUGUUUAACCUUUAAAAAGUGUUUGUUUUUUUUAACCUCACAUUUUGGUAUUCGUUAGCAGUGAGAUGUAAAACUUCUGUGAUAAGGUUUCCUUUUCAUGUUUGGUAUUUCUUCUGUGUAUCUUGAAGCAAAAAUGCAAAUAACUCGGAGAGUGAAGUGGUGCUGUUGGAGUUGGAGGUGGCUCUUAUGGCUGAUGUCAUUCUGCAGGGGUGAGGGUUCAUUGUCAGCUCUUCCACCAAGUCAAUACAUUACCAUGAUAUUACUACUCUUUAGUGUUUGCUGAGGUGAAUGCCAAACUCUGUGCUUUUCUGUUGCAGUGUUUCUCGUCCAGACAAAGUCAUUUUUCCUCCUCCAAACUGGGCUAAUAGACAGAGUCUACGGGAGGAGCAAGACGUUGGCCCUGAGAUUCUGCAGGUCUAUGAGGUGUGAGGAGAUUUCUCACAGACCUAGACUUAUGUAACUUAAUGUUAGCUUAUAGCGCUUUCUGCUCCUCUGUUUUUGUCAGUGGGUUUUAAAUGAAAGGGAAGGUCGAUGAGAGUGUAUAUUUAGUCAAAAAAAAAGAGGCUCUGUGAAACUUAGGUCUGAAAGGAAGAUUUGUUGAUCAUAUACUGAAAGGGGGAACAAAAUAGCAUGUCACUGAAAGGUUAAAGGUUAGCAAUGAUGCCCUUGUCCUGAAAAGUGUGACAGUUCGGUUUUUGCAUGGGACACAACCACCGUAUUAUGACAAAAUUACAAUGAAUCAACAUUAUGUGACGAUAUGAGGUUCGGUCUCAGAAAAUAACCAAAACAUUGCACCGCUCUGGGAUAAAGACUGCAUUUCCCAUUAGCAAUUCCCAAUUUUUAACCCAUUAUUGCAAAGAAGUAGCUCUUGAUUACACUUGCAUUUGUUGUAAGAGCAAAAUUUGAAGACAGAUCUUUUGAAUUCUUUUUUUCCUGUUCAUGAAAACAUUAUUCAGGAUGCAAAGUGAUGAAGAAAUAAAUUGAUUUCAAUCUUUAACCAAUCUUUAUUGAUAUAGCUCCAAUUCACAACAAAUGUUGUCCCAGGAUGCUUGACAAAAGAAGACCAGACUCUAUUAACAAAGACUCAAUGUAAAGAUGGGAUCAGACUGAGCCCCAUCAUGUGAGAUCAGCGCCACUCCCAUCCCAUCUUUAUCCACAAGUGAAACACCUUGCAGCAUGUAGAGAGUUACAGUGAAGAGGAAGAACUUCUUUUAACAGGCUGAAACCUCGAAUAGAACCAGACUCAUGUUGGACAGUCAUCUGCUGAGACUAAGCUAGGAUUAGAGAGGGAGAUGGAGAAGAAAGAGAUGGACAGAGGAGAGAUUUAAAAUUUGUAAACUUAUCAUCUCAUCUGUCCAUAAAGAGCAGAGAAGUGCUGUCAAGCUGCUUUAGAUAUUAAACUCUGUGCUAAGCUAUUACGCUCCUUGCAAAACCUUGAUUUUAGAUUUUCUGGACAAAACCAUGUUUCAACAGAAAAUAUACAUCUGUUUUUCAAUCCUGCUCCAGUGUUGCCAGGAGUGCAUUAUGUUUUGUCAAAGGAAACAUCAUUUUUCGUGCCUAAAAGCCUCUUAAUCUAUGAUCAAACUAUCUCUAUGUUUCAGUUAGUGAACAAUGGUCCAAGUGUAGUCAGCCAGACCACAUUAAAGGUGAAAUGUCCGCUGAGGGCUCCAGGCCAUGAGCUGCUCUACCCUGUGGAGGUGAUCACUGAGGGGCCGCUGAGCUGCUCUUCUAGACUCACCCUAAAUGCACUACAGCUCAAGGUGAGGGCACACGCACAAACAAAAUAACACAUACACUUUCAGCUCCGUUGGCAUGGUGAGCCCAUUACCUUGGUCUAUUUGUGGUCCGGACGAUUUGAUUAUAUUCUUAAACGACUCUCUUAAUGUCUUUAUGCAUGCAGCUCCAGCCUCCAGCAGCUGACAGCCCCAAGUUACUGAAAUCCAGUGCUGAGCAUCAAAUCCACAGAGGGGAGGUGAACACUGAUGUUCUGGCUGAGCAAGGAAACCUGGUGAGGGACACAUGGCAGGUCAUGUUGUUUCAUGUUUUGUGUAUCAAUUGGCACAAUACAAAAAAAAAUCAUCUAUAUCUGCUGUUACAUGAGAAGGUACCCCUGUUAUGUAGCAGCGCACUGUAUGGCAUGAAGGAAGACCAUUUCUGCUGCUUAAUCAAACUAUCUUUUGUGAUUGAGUCUGGUUUAGAGACAUAGUUAAGUCUUUGUUUUUUGUUUACUUGAUAGUAGGCCCAGUCCCCACUGCACUUUUUCCAUAUCAGAACACAACAAGUUGAGUUUGUGUGUCCAGCAAAAACCCAGGAGGUGUUUAUUUUCUUCCUCUCUUUUCCUGACUCAGCAUGUGGAGGCCAUCAUGGUGACGCAAGUCUGUGGGUCUGUUCACUGCAAACACACCACAACAGAAGCUCUUCAAUUAAGUCAAUUGCUCCUAUGUUGGGUGUUCAGCUCCUCUGGCUUUCGAAUGGAAGUGCUCUUUCAUUUAUGCAGGACUCUUUACUGAAGUGACUCAUGAGAGGGCUUUGCACACUCAUGAAGUGCACUUAGACCAGAAAUAAACCACUGAGACUGUAGGCAGGAUUAGCUCUGGGUUAGAAUUAAAAUAAAAUUAUAUAACUUAAAGAGGAAGUGGAAAUGACAUAAUCAGCAGUGUUCAGCAUCUCCCACUGCUUGAUGAAGUCAAUUAUGCUUGUGGUUUUGCUGGUUUGCCCUCUGUGGCUUGCGUCACUUGCUGUCAUGUUUUUGCAUCUAUAAUCUGAAGAAUGAAUCACAUGUUGUAGAUUUGUCCCAUAAAUCUUUCAAGUUUAAGUUUAAUCUUAUGUUAAUAAAUUUGAAUUACAGUUGAAACUGUUAUUUGCUCUGAAUAGGACAUAUGGCUGUGAAAUCCAUCUGCAGAAAAUGCAAGCAGAGAAGCUCUUGUCUAUGGGAUUUGUACCCUUGUAUUUUGGUGAAGAUACAGAUAUUGAUUGGCUUUUGGCUCAAAGCUUUGAUUUUUAAGUGUAUGUGGGACAUGUGGCUACGAUAUUUGAGCUGGCUUUGUUGUUCAUGAUUACAGGGAUAUAACCUCAGGUCUAAAUACUUUCAACAGCAGUCAAUAUUAUAUACUGUCAUAACUUGAUACAAACUGUCAUAAAGGUCAAUAUUAAUUGAGAGAGUUUAAUUGAGAUGUUCAUUAUGCUAAUAUCAAGUGAGGAUUAAAUGUUUUUCAUUAAAGGGAUAUUUUGGCAUAAAUUUAAGUUAUGGUCAAUCACACUGUAUCAACACGUGAGACACCCCCUCGAGAGAUGAAUGUUGCCGACUGCUUGCUUCUCUAGUUAUACCAACCUCAGUAACGACCAUACAACAACUUCUCAUGUCCCUGGAUCCAGGGAGCUACACAGCUUAAUGACCAGGAGACGGCAGUCCUCUACACUCAAAACAAGCCGAAAAUGGGAGGAAAGGGAAGAGACCCAAAACAGAUGUUCCUGGACUGCUGAGAGAGAUGUUUAUAGAGCAAACUCAUCAGGAACAGCUUGCAGACACUCAAGAAAAGCCAGUUUUUGCACCCAAGGACUCACUGCUUAUAGGACAAGCUGAAGGCUUCUCUGUCCCAGGCUAUCUUGGACUUACAGAAUAAGACAUGCUUGUGGGCAGAAGAGAAAUCUCUUCUUCUUGGAGAGAUCUCCAAACUAAAAACUGAACUGAAACAGGCACAUUUGGAAAUGGAGAUCCAGAGUGGUCAGUCAGCUGAGGAUAGGUUCCAUCUACCAGCUGAGGUAAUGAUAGAGACCAGUACCAUUGUGGCUGAACCAAACAAGGCCCAAGAAGCACCUGGAAUCAAUAACCACCAGAUGGAAGAGGAAGGGUCCCAUCUUGUUUCAGAGCAAAAGAGAAAUAUCAGGUUGAAGGCUAGCAGAAUGCAAGAUAGCCUACAACAGGCCCAAGAAGAUGUGACAAACUGGAAAAACCAGUGGGAGGAGGACAGGAUUCUGCUUCUUGCAGAGCAGGACGCAAAGAUGUGCAAGAUGAAGACCUCCCUGAUCAAGGCCCAAGAAGAGCUGCAAAAACACCAGAGCCUGUGGCAGCAGUAGAGGAAAUCUCUCCUGCUGUUCAUCAGCACCUUCAGGCAGGCUCUCCAAGAGAAGGAAGAAGACGAGGCCAACUCAACCAAUGUGGUGAUGGACAGACUGAAGAGCCUGGGAGUUCAGGUGGAGGAGGCUCAGAAAAAAAGAAGUCUUUCAAGAAAAGGUCCUGGGUCUUUUCAAGAGUGAUACUUGAAGCCCUUCUGUGACCUCUGACCCUUUUGGCAAAGACCCUUUAACCCUUCAACUUAAAGGACUCACCCUGUUCUCCCUCCAUCCACCCCAAUUCCCUGAACUCUAUCGUUCUCCUCACCCAAAUGCUUUCUUUUUUCUUUUAACUGUGCCCAACAGCACCCUCUCUUAAAAGGACAGGAUUUUAAAGUAAUUUUUAUCGCCUGUUUUGUCAUGAUAACAAGAUGAUUUCAGUGUUUUGUCUCGAAAUAAUGCGUAAAAUAACUUGAGAUCUGGAGAAAAACGAGCAAAUUAAAAUCAUGUCCUAUUAGGGCUUCUGUACUCUGUAAACGCAAACCCUUUCCUUUGUUCUCUUAACCUUGUGUCUUUUGUCUUUAAAAUAAGGAGAGCCAUUUUUGUCCAUAAACAGUACACUACUUAAAUAUGCAAAUUACAUGAUAAGCAAAGACUGCAUUGUCUUCAGAAGGUGCCAGGCUUGAGCCAGACCAAUAGUUUCUCACAGUAGCUUUAAAUGUUUAUGUCUGUUUCGAUUUUCACAUGAGCUGCAGCACAUCCUCUUCAUCAAUCACAAAUCAAAUUCAUAAUAAGUAUUUCAAAAUGCACCAUAAUCUGUGUUUUUGCUCUCUCCCUCUGUAGACAUGCGCUACAGUGGAGUGCUGGCAGCUGCAGUGUGAGGUCGGGCUGCUGGAGAGAGGAGCCAGUGUUAUCCUGACGGUACGCUCCAGACUAUGGGCUGAGACCUUCAUUGAGGUAAGACUACAAAAAAAAAACCUAAUAAUAAUCCUGCUGUUGGCUGAGAUGCAAUAUGUUUGGAUAGGAAACUCCAGCGGAGAUUAUAUCAAGAAAGUACACCAACUCUCAGUCAAACAUGUGUUUUUAUACUGCCCUCUGUUGGGCAGCUUACCACACAACCUCAAACUAAAUGUGCAACACAUUUUGUACUGCUGGGCAUGUUUACACUUGGAAAAAUAUCUUAGCUAUUAUAAUAAUAUAAGUAUAUCUAUGAUAAGAGCAGUUUCUAUAGCACAAGCCAUAACAAGUGCUGGAUUAACUCAGUGAUUACACAGGCCACUGUGAGGCUGGAUGCCGAGGUCUGAAAAGCCUCUUUAAUCAUCUCAAACUAAAAAGUAUGACAAGAACCCAGUAAACAAUAUACAGAUAUUUGUGUAUACUGGUGUCUUUGAGCUUCUUUUAAGCUUUUUGUUUUUAAGCAGCUCCUCGGUUUUAUUCAUAAACUGCAUUGUAAAAAAACAAUAGCCAUCUGCAAAUCACAAAAAAAGUCACAUGCACAUUUUCAUGGCAGCAAGAACGCAACACAUACUUGAGAUUUUGUCAAGACUACAUUUAUAAUUAGGAGCAGAGUUUCUGUUUAAACUGGCUCGUUAUUGCAGAACAGGAUUCUGGAUUCCUUGGGUUUCGGUUCAUUGUGUUAAUUUUGUACGUCAGGUAUAUUUGCAGCUUAUUCAACUUCUUUUUGAAAUGCUCCCUGGAUCUUUUUUUCAUCCUCAGAGGGUUUACAAGCAGUAUAUCCUGGAGUGCUCUGUUCAGUUCAGCGUCAACAGGAUGCCUUACUCAAUUCCUCCCAAAUUCAAGCCCUCCGGGUCCAAAACGGUAACAUUUUUCUGAUAUUCGCUGUCUUGGUUUGCAUGUGGCUGUCAGUGAGAAUUGGUCCUAAUCUGAUCUGUGCACUGUUGUCCAGGUGGUGACAGCUGUGAUUUGGAACAAGCCAGACAGUUUGUUUUAUGUUCCAGUUUGGAUCAUCAUCCUGGCCGUUCUAGCUGGGCUGCUGUUACUCUCCUUGCUUAUAUAUCUGCUCUAUAAGGUAAUUUUUCUAUUGAAAUUGUGAAAGAAAAUUAGAAGUCAAAUGUUUAUGAAAGAACAUAAUAUUAGGGAGAACCAAGGAGGAGAUCACAUUGUGGUUUGUUUGUAUUAUUAAGGACAAACUACACCUUUUACAGCAACAAGGCCAGCUCAGAAGGUACACUGUGCUUAGAUAGUAUUUAAAUGGCUUACCUGGCACUUGAACAGCCUUAAAGCACCACACAUUGGACAAAAUGUAGCUCAGAAACUGCGUAUGUCUAUUACAAAGACACUGAAAACAAUGUAAGAACUUGAAAGACUAAAAAGACAAUCACAGACAAGAUUUAAAUUCUUUAUGGUCAAAAAAAGAGUCAAAACAACUGCAAUAGAAUGACUGUUGUCAUAUGCUGUCUUUUUUAAUCUGUAUGUUUCACUUCGCUGCAUUUUUUGGGUGAGGUUACAGAUAUUCCCUUCUUUAGGUCUUGGUGUAACAAAAUUUAAACAUGCACAAAACCCUUAAAAUCUCCUUAGAUAUCAGAGUCAGCUGCAAUUGGGAGAGCAGAGACCUUGACUUUAUCCAAGAUUAUUCUCAUCAGCACCUUGAAAAUCCUCUGCAAGAAGUCAGGGUGAGCUGAUCUGAGACUAGAGGAGAAUCAUUUUUUGGAAAUCUCCACGUGAAUCAGUUGACUGGUGAUGACACUGACUUCAUGUCACAGAAGUUAAACUAGAAAAUGUGCACGUUGCAGUAAGGAUGAAGGGAGCAAAGAUAUCAGCACACCCCAUUCAUGUCGUGUUAGUAUAAAUGUAAAACUGACAUGGUCUUUUUUGUCUUCCAUCGUGUUUUUUUUUACACUGCUGCUUUCACUGCAUACUUUUUCUAUAUGUCCUACCUCUGAGACUCAGUCCCUGUCUACCUAAGGAGACUAAACGUAACCCUUUGAGGGACAUGUGUGAACAAGCAACCUUGAACAAUUUCAGGAGCAGCACUCCUGAAUUUUUUGGAAAAGUUUCAGUGUAUGGUAUGAUGAAGGCUUGUGUCUGAUUGUUUUAUAUGUUUUAUGAUCUUCCUCUAGAUGGGCUUUUUUAAACGGUCAGAUCCUUACGGUACGACCAUGGAGAAGGCCCAGCUCAAACCCCAGGCGUCCUCUGAGGCGUAGACCCAUGAAGGAGCCUCCCUGCAGCUGUUCCAUAGAACUGGAAUUACCCCAAACAAAUAAGAAAACUUGCUUAUGAUAAACAGGCAACCCAUGUAUGAACGGGUAUGAGUUCUGUAUCACUGGAAUACAUAAUAUCUGGUGCUGCACUAAAAUACCAAAGCAGAAAAGACUACCAGGAUAAUGCAGUUGAAUAUGCACUGCUGUUGGAGACAUGAUUGUACCAUCAAAUCAAGAAAUAAAGAAGGCCGCUGUUCUCUUCUGAAGCUCCCUGUGGAAAAAUGUUUUCACCGCAGAUACUAGAACAUGGUGAUCUGGAAAAAUUGGAACAUCCCAGCUGAUACAGGAUCAAAAGCGAACCUCCAACAAAAGGCACUAAUGCUACAGUAUUUCUUCAUUCUCAGAUGUGUAUUUUCAGUUGUGUUUUCAUUCUCAGCACUUGAUAUUUCUGAACUUUAUGCGUUUGUAUGAUUUAUACACCACUUUUAUUUAUGGCACAGUGUUUUUGCUAUUAGCUGUUGAAUGUUGUACUGUACUGUCAGCAGGACAAUCCUGAUAAAACUGCAAUGUUUGACUUGAAGUAUUCCUCUCCCAUAUUGGGAGGUAUUUGUGUAUGUUGUAAUGUAUGUAAUGUUUUAUUGUGCUAUGACCCAUCGGUGUCCAGAAUAAAGCCUAAUUUUGUA